AUGCAUCGCCGAUCAUUAUUCAUAUUAUUUAUCGUUGUUGCCAUUCAAUUAUGUCAACUGAUUCCAUACGUCGAUUCGAUUCAGAAUGUUUCAUUGCUCACAUUGGGCGACCUUUGGGAAACGAGAAGCUUUGAUAAAGGCCACUUGUUCCCCACAAAGAUCUCAACAAUUUAUCCCGAAUUUGCUGCGAUUCCGUUAAACGGAGCAGCAAGUCGAAUUCAUUUGACAAAAAGUUCUGUCGAAAAUGAGAUUGAAAAUAGAAAUAAGAAUGGAGCAUUAGUGCAUUCUGUGUGCUCUUAUAGACAUUUAAAUGUCACAUUUUAUACUAUAAAUACCAUGUCAGGAACUGGCCAAAAUGAAGUUUUAAUUGAUGCGAAUAUGACCGAAAUUGAGCGAAAAAUGGCUGAAAUGACAGCAAGAAGAAUCAAAGUGAAUUUCAUUUGCGUUGGAGCCAAUAAUGAUACAUACAGUGCAGUUUGGCAUUUCAAUUCAAAUUUUGUUUGGCAUUUUAUUGUUGAAUCUGGAAGUAUAAUGGAAAUUAUUGAAAAAGAUCGACUUCAAAUGACAAGAGGAUAUUAUGCAGACUGUUUUCAGACAUACCGCAGUGAUAAUGGAAGUCGAGCAAUCAUAAUUUGGAGAAAAGGUUUCGGCAAAAAGUAUCAGAUUCAAUACGGAACAGCUCUUGACGAAAUGCUCAUCGAUAUGGAGCAGAGUCGAUUGGAACCAGUGCAAUUGUCGAGUCUUCCCAGACAGGGACGGCGAAGAUCGAUUCCUCGCUGGCUUUUAUGGCAUGGUGAUGAGUUCUCAUGGAGUAAUUAUCAAACGAUUCCGAGGAAUGUCACCGCAAAAUUCAAUUUGGAAAAACUUAAUAAAGUAUUAGAAGAUUGGAUGAGGCUGCACAAUAUUCCCUCUGUUUCAUUGCAUGUCAUUAGGAAUAAUGAAGAAGAAUAUUCGGCGGCUUUCGGUUUCAGCGAUAUUCUAAUUAAUAUUAGGGCUACAACAUUGCAUCGCUACCGUAUUGCGUCAGUGAGCAAAGUGAUCACUGCAAUGGGAAUAAGCGAGAUAUUCAGUAGUUCGAAUACAGAUAUCCUUACACCUAUUUUUGGAGCAAACGGAAUACUUGAGGACCUUUGCAACCCAUGUCAUCCAUUGUUCUACCGAAUCAAUGUGCUCCAUCUACUCGAACAUUCGUCGGGUUCCUGGCCUCAUACAAAAAAAUUCGAAUUCGAUCAACAAUACCAAAACCAAACGGAUCUAUUGCGGCACGUUCUUCGUGAUCAACCUCCUCUAUUUCCACCCGGACAACGUCAUUUAUACUCCAAUAUUGGCUACAUUUUAUUGGGUCGAGUCAUAGAAAAAUUGUCAAAAAUGUCGUAUGAGGAAUAUAUUCAAACUACAAUUUUAAAACCUCUUGGAAUCAAUGCGACUAUUGGAAAAGAAGGAGAUGCAAACAAGGAAGUUACAUAUUAUUCGCAUGAUAACGCGAAUGCGUACACUUCGUGGAACACGACGAUAUUGGAUUCUGCGGCUGGAUGGUCUAUGACGGCAAAAGAGGUGGCUAGGAUCUUCAACUACUUGGAAAACAACAAGUUGAGAAAAUAUCGUUGGAUCAUCACACCUUCGCUGGUUCGAUGGAACUAUGGAAGAGGAAUUCAACUCGGAACAGACGGUAGUUUGUAUCAUAUUGGCUCGUUAGCAGGAACAGAAGCCAUCGGAUAUUCAUGGAACAAAGUUCAAAUUGGAAUUCUGACAAACAUUCGGGGCAAAGAACAAAACGAGCAGACAAGAUGGAUGGAAAAAUUAUGUCGAAGGAUUGCGGAUGGCGAAUUUUUAAAGUAA